AGAGCCAGCAGCAUGCAGAAAGUUGUGGACCCAAACAAAUCUUCAUCGCUGUAGCCUUUAAUUUACCGUUCAGCUCAACUGGCCAUCCAAGCAGAAACCAUUAUUAAAUGAUAGGAUGAUGACUUGCGGACACGCAGAACAAAACGAUGCGGAAAACAACUAACAUGUAUACAGAUUUACAGUUGCGAUGCUGAGAUAUCCAUUGCCACAAUUUGAGUAUUGAGCAAAUGCUGGCUGUGAGUCCCGGAAAGACGCCUAUCAGUCUGCUGCAGGAGUAUGGAACGCAGAUAGGCAAGACCCCAGUGUAUGACCUGCUGAAGGCUGAGGGACAGGCCCACCAGCCCAACUUCACGUUCCGCGUCUCCGUCGGAGAGAUCAGCUGCACCGGCCAAGGGCCCAGCAAGAAGGCAGCCAAGCACAAAGCAGCCGAGGCUGCUCUGAAGAUGCUCAAGGCAGAUCUCGGAAAUCCCGUCGGACUGGGUGUUGGAGAAGAAGGGUUUAUUGGAGUAAAAGUAUCAACGGAUGUAGAGAGCCCUCAGGCAGAGAUGAAGACAUCAAGCACUUCUCAGCAGUCUGAGUGUAACCCUGUUGGAGCUCUGCAGGAAUUGGUGGUGCAGAAAGGAUGGCGUUUGCCAGAGUACACCGUCACCCAGGAGUCUGGUCCAGCACACCGCAAGGAGUUCACGAUGACCUGCAGAGUCGAGAGAUUUGUGGAAAUCGGAAGUGGAACCUCCAAGAAGCUCGCAAAGAGAAAUGCAGCGGCUAAGAUGUUAUCACGUAUACACGAUGUCCCGGUCGACCUGAGGACCACCAACGAAGCUGAGGUCGAAGAGGACACGUUCAACAUGCACAUGGGGAGCAAAGCUGAUACGGGCAAAAGUAAAGGCUUCGGCUGCACGUGGGACUCUCUGCGUAACUCUGCUGGAGAGAAGAUCCUCCAGCUCCGCAGCCACCCUCUGGGCAUGCCCACUGACUCCAACUUCUGCUCUCUGCUCAACGACCUGUCUCUGGAGCAGUGCUUCGACAUCAGCUACCUGGAUCUAGAAGAGCGCAGUCUGAGCGGCCUGUGCCAGUGUCUAGUGGAGCUUUCCACUCAGCCAAUCACAGUGUGCCAUGGCUUCGCUCCGAGCAUCGAUGCAGCCCGAGCCAAUGCAGCCCACAAUGCACUGCAGUACCUCAAAAUUAUGGCCGGGGGAAAGUGAUGUCCUCUUCCUCCUCACAGACUCGAACUCACACGACGACACUUUUGUGAUGAGUUCAAAUAAUGUGAAUUACCUCAAUUGUGGAUUAUAUAAGAUACUUUUUUCUGUCCCCAAAUUAACCCCAAGGACAUGUUUUGGUCACGUGGAUUUCUCAUCGUUGCCAAUGAAGAUAUAGCUUCCCAAAAACUCAUACCUCUCUCUUUGACAUUUUGCAUAUCUGUCAGAAAUUCUUUUAAAAUGCUUUUUUGGUAUUUUCUUUGGUUUGCCCAGCAUCCAUACUCGCCACUCUAUUUCCCUAAAAAGCUCAAGUCUAAAAAGUCUUUAUCUAAAGUGACACCUGUUGCAUACAUACAUACAAGUUCCUUAAUACCUGCAGAUAUAUUCUGAUUUCACAAACAAUGCAAAUGGAGAAUUACCAAAUACUGGUGCUGCGUUAAAACCACAAUCAUUGGUUGGGGAAUGAGAGAAAAGGACUCUGCUGAUGAAAUAUCAGGGGAUAAUAAUUUUGAAGGCAGCCCUGCUUUCAGAUGACCUUAAUGAGAUGAUGUGGCCUUUGUUGUAUAUUCAAACCAGCUCUAAAAAUACAGUUGGAUGCUCCUCAUGUUGGGCCUUAAAGAUUAGAAAAUGUAAAACGUAUCAUAGUAUCUCUGUUUAACAACUGAAUUUGGCAAAUAAACCUUUCUAAUCAUGUUCCUAAAAUAGAAAUGGUGAGAAAGAUCAGUAUGACUGAAACAUAUUGAUGGAAGAAUCGUUCUUGUAAUGUUUUGCCUCUUUAAACACUAACUUAAAAAAGUAAGGCUCAUAUUUAUUAGGUCCGGAGCAGGAAUAGAGAAAGUAAUGUGUGAGGAAAACUUUAAAAAAUAUCUCUACAAUAUUGAAAUGACGUCACAAUCUACUCAUUGGUCCCAUUUACUCCUGGAUGUGCAAACAGUUUUGUAAAGUGCUAAUUACCUCAGCUUUAAGACUUCUUUAAAACACGUCUUUGCUUGUCUUCAGUGUAAGACAAUGAUGAAUUAAUACAUCGGUUGAAGGGAGGGGAAAGUACAAAGUCCUCAUUUUCAAUAUUAUAGACCAGUCAAACAAGCUAUAAUAUUUAGUUCUGUUAAGUUUAAAUGUAUCUUUGCUCAUCAUGCCUGGCACUGUUUCAUUUAUAAUUUAAACCCACUGUGAUUUCGUUUUUUUUGUCAAUGGAAAUAUGAAUCCUGUGAUAUUGGAAAGUUGAUCAUGGUGGAAUUUGGAAAUAUUCUUCUCCAACUACAUGCUGUGUCUUGUAAAAGGAUUCAUUACCAUGCACCUUGCUGUAUUUGUUUUGAUAUACUGCCUUGCACUCGGCUGGAAUGAGUAUUGAGUAUAGUGAACCGUUUGCACUACUUGACAAGCACAGUUUCCUUACUCCUGCCACCGGUGCAGUUCAUGUGAACCUCAUUCUCUGAAAAAAAAAAAUCUGCAUCUUGUUUUCUGAUCAUUCAAAUAAGGAACUUGUGCUGUUUUUCGGUGAGUUUUAGUACUCACACCAUUGAAGUCUAUACUGACCUCAUUACAUUUGAGAAGAACUUCUUUGUUGUUGUAGUAGAAAAAGUUGCCCAGUUUUAGCUAAACGAUGAAAUAUUAUGAGAUCCAUGUGAAAUUGACUUAUUUCCAAUAAAACAUUUUGUACAUUUUACUGCCAA